AGGUGGCAGAAUCCUGCAGUUAAACUGGAUUUAACAACAGUGUCCGGCUCUGCCCUUGAAUGAAGAGGAAGAUAAUCGAUUUAUUUUAAUCUUCUUGGUUUGGAUAGGAGUAGCCUAAUAUCAUGCCAGUGAAAGCCAACAUUUUUAUGUGGGCCGUUUACACAGCGGAACCUCGUUUACAUGCUGAUUGAUUUUAGUUCAAUAUGUCUUUAUCUGCAUCUACAACUAUCCCACCUGCGCUGACAGCGGAUCAGCUAACGGUCAUCGUGGCCUCCGUGUCCUGCCUGGUGUUCUUCGUAGUGAUUCUCAUGCUCCUGGUGGUCUUGUACAGGAAAGACCCUUUCUGCUGCAGGGUGUCGAACUACCAGGCCAACCAGCGCUGUACAGAUGCUCCACCCCAGUACAACAGAAGACAGUCUCUAGUGGUGUCUCCCUACAAUGAACAUACUGCUGCCGUGGCCCACGGAAACAUUGGAUCCCAGCUUCCAGGGAGGCUGUUUAUCAUCGGUAAGCCCAGCAGCUAUCACCUGGACGGGAUCCUGCCCCGCCUUCCGUCCUACGAGAGCGUCCGUAAGAAGGACCGUCAGAGACAGAUCCACUCUAUGAUAGCCGACCGCUUUGGUAUCAGCCCCACACAGUCUGAAACGGAGCCUCCUCCGACGUACGAGGAGACUCUUCGCCAGUCCAUGAUCAUCUCCUCUGAAGACCUUCAGUCUGUUGAGGCACUUCCUUCAGACCUCCCUCUCUUCACCUGUAACUCCAGCCUUGAACACACAGUGACCGUAGAUGCAGCCCCGUCACCCUACCGCCCUUUUCAGAGCCCGACCCGGGAACCCGUCUCUGUCUAGACCAGGAGUUAUUUGAGGGUCGGGAACACUCCUGGUUUUCAACUUCGCAUUUUAACUAGAGACUCGUGUUUCUACCCUUUGCAAGAGAAAAGAAGACAAAUCAACAAAGAAAGAGACAUUGUCAUGAUAAUGCAUGAGUCAGUUUCACUCAAGAGUUUGUCCUCCUGAGACUAACGCUCUCAACUCUUGUCGUCUGUUGGUGUAGUGAGUGGUUUUAACAUGACUCUAUACUGUAAAUGGCUUGAUAUCCUUCCAAUGAUAUCCUUUAUCAGCUAAAUAAUCAAAUCAGCCUACAUUUCAAACUCUAGACAUGCUCGGAUGUGUGGAAAAGAAGAUGUCCGCACCUCACAAGUAGACAUUAUGCUUCAUCACAACAUCCAAUGUCGUAGACAACCACAAAACAAGGACAUUGUUUCGGGUUGACCGUGUUAAUGAAAAAUCUAAAUCUCCUUGUUUCAAAAGAACACGAGCUAUGAAUACCCAGCUACCUGACAUGUGAUGAUGAUGGCUGGUGAGUGUAGGGCCAGACCAGAGAGCUGUUGUGGUUGAACACAUCACUAAUUAUUAACACUACUGAAGGCAGACAAUGCCUUGGUCCCAAAUGGCACCCUAAUCCCCAUGUAGUGCACUACAAAUAGAGUCCCAUUUGAGAAACAAUCAAAGUGUGUUCACUCAGGGACAGUUAACCAGGGACCAUUUGUCUUAACCCAGGUCAAACUAACUAUGCACAGAGAAACUCACCAUGACCCUGACGUUCCAUAUUUUUUUUAACUGCACUGUCGGUUAGGGGUUCGUAAGUAAGCAUUUCACUGCAAGGUCUACUACACCUGUUGUACUCAGCGCAUGUGACUAAGAACAUUUGAUUUGAUUUACCUCCUGGGCUAAACUGGAAUGGGUUUGUCAAUGUGUUUAGACUGAGAUACAGUAUGUAAAUCAAAUCAAAUCAAAUGUAUUUAUAUAGCCCUUCGUACAUCAGCUGAUAUCUCAAAGUGCUGUACAGAAACCCAGCCUAAAACCCCAAACAGCAAGCAAUGCAGGUGUAGAAGCACGGUGGCUAGGAAAAACUCCCUAGAAAGGCCAAAACCUAGGAAGAAACCUAGAGAGAAACCAGGCUAUGUGGGGUGGCCAGUCCUCUUCUGGCUGUGCCGGGUGGAGAUUAUAACAGAACAUGGCCAAGAUGUUCAAAUGUUCAUAAAUGACCAGCAUGGUCGUAUAAUAAUAAGGCAGAACAGUUGAAACUGGAGUAACUAUGCAAAACAUUCAUAUUAUGUGUGACCCAAAUCAAACAAAAACACAUGUGAAAGUAAUAGUUAAAUAGCUGAACCAAAAAGGGUAAAAUAGGUGAACUAAAGUAGAUAUAAAUGACCUAUCCGCUUUUAUAAAAAGUUUACUCUAAAUCCGUUUCCAUACAGUUUUAUGCGAGUAAAGUCAUACCUUUGAUAAAUUUAAUCACGACAGCUGUGAUGGAAACAGGAAGUUUCAAUACAGUUUUCUAAACGCUGACAGAUCAUUUGUUCGUUCGACAUGGUGGGAUCUUUUUGUGUCUGUAAAAUGUGUUAUAUAUUCUUGCUCCUAUCCAUAAUAAUCUCAUCAUGUAGACUAGCCUACCCGCACUGUACCUACAAGCUGUUGGCUAGAGCGAACGUGCCAGGACCAAUGAGCCUAUCCUCCUACAUCUCCCCAAACCAGCCUCCAUUGCAGAGUAGGCAUAUUUGCUAUUUAACGUAACAGUUUUUUGUGACCAAACUAUCGGUGAAAAUGCGAUGGCAACAUAUUGAACUUUAAACUUUUUUUUGUACAUUAAAACUUAAUCAAAAAAGAAAAUUGUGUGUAUACUACAUCAUCGCUCACUGAUUUUAAUUUGCAACAAGUCAGUUUAAAAUACACCAUUGAUGAGAAAAUAUACAUGUUUUAGUUCAGACUUGUUGUAUUAACUUGACCUAUAUUAAUUGGGACGGCAGGGUAGCCUAGUGGUUAAGAGCGUUGGACUAAUAACCGGAAGGUUGCAAGUUCAAACCCCUGAGCUGACAAGGUCGUUCUGCCCCUGAACAGGCAGUUAACCCACUGUUCCUAGGCCGUCAUUGAAAAUAAGAAUUUGUUCUUAACUGACUUGCCUAGUUAAAUAAAGGUACAAUUUUAAAAAACUGAUAGGAUUGCUAUCAACCUUACUGUCAAGGUGUCAAAAGGGAACACUCCUGCUUCUAUUCAUUGGCGUUGGUCAAAGUGAGUUGAAAUUUGUCUGUUUUUCUCUACCAGGCACAAAUAUGUCCACAGGGUAGAAUAGAUGUUGAGUAAUGUAAGCGAAGGGAGUAGAGACCUCAUUUUGACCUCUCCCUUUUUUUUUUUGCAGAGUUUCUCUCCCCAAACCCAAUCUUCCCCUAAGCACUUACAAAUCUUAUAAACACAUACUACAGCGCUCUAAACCACAGCGCUCAUCAGUUAUUAGAGGGCCUCCAUCAGAAGUGUUUCGACAAGCUGUCUGUUGUGGUGAAUGUACCAGGGCAUUCGUAAUGCAUUUCACACUCCCCAGCAUUCCACUGGGAGGAGUUGACAUACUAUCUGGAACUCACGCUCUCAAAAUAAAUGGCACCUAACUCACUCUACAAGGUCUGAGUGAAGUAUGAUCUGUCAAAUGCUAUACAAAUCCUGUCAUCACACAUCAGUCCAACUUCUAGUUUUGAUUUACAUUUGGUGGAGUUGUCAACUACUGUGAAUUCCACAACAACAACAAAACAUCACCAUGUCAUUGGAUUUAGGUUCAAAGUUUGGCGAAAGACAAAUUCCCUUAAGUUCAUGACUUCUGUUCAAAUUGAAUCAGUUUUACACGUUGAAAUAAGAUAGAAACAUUGAUUCAACCAGUUUUUGCCCAGUGUGAUGUCUAUUUGGAGAUUUGUUUUUCUCCCAAAUGGAUCAAUCCUGGUACGAGCAGAAUGUGAAUGGGUUUUCAUAAACAAUUCACAGGAAAUUACACCCAACGUUUCCCAGGGUCAUCAACACGAAAUGAUGUGAGGUAGUUGGCUAUAAGAUAACGCAUAGUGCUGUGAGUUAAUGAUUAAUGAGAGUUCUUUAGAAUACCGUCUGCUGCCAAAAAGUGUGAUUUAUGACUUCAAUCUGCUUCACAGGUUCUCUAAAAAAACAAACACGUUUUUACAUCAGCCCUCCGUUGUCUGUAUGGAGAAAACAGAGGGGAAACUUGAGCCACCCUGUGGUUACUUCAAGAACUAUAGACCACAUUCACACUUGAUACAGGGGUGGUUUGAGAUGUUGAUUCCCCCC